AUGAAUGCUUUUAAACGUGAUAAAAAAGAAGAGGAAGAUGGAGGUGGAAAUCCUUUUCAAAAUUUGGAAAAAACAACAGUGCUCCAAGAAGCUCGAACAUUCAAUGACACACCUGUAAAUCCCCGAAAAUGUGCUCACAUACUAACAAAAAUAUUGUAUUUAUUAAACCAAGGCGAGCAGCUAGGUACAACGGAAGCCACAGAAGCAUUUUUUGCAAUGACAAAAUUAUUUCAAUCCCGAGAUGUAAUUUUACGUCGCUUAGUUUACUUGGGAAUAAAAGAGCUAAGCCAAGUAGCUGAAGAUGUAAUAAUAGUAACGUCCAGUUUAACUAAAGACAUGACUGGCAAAGAGGAUUUAUACCGAGCAGCAGCAAUACGUGCUUUGUGUACCAUAACAGAUGGUGGAAUGUUGGCUGCAAUUGAAAGAUACAUGAAGCAAGCAAUUGUUGAUAAAUCCCCAGCAGUGUCAAGCGCUGCUUUAGUAUCAUCCCUUCACUUAAGCAAUGUUUCUGGUGAUAUUGCUCGCAGGUGGGCUAAUGAAGCCCAAGAGGCACUUAAUUCCGACAAUGUUAUGGUACAAUAUCACGCUCUAGGUGUUUUAUAUCAAGCCAGAAAAUCAGAUAAACACGCAGUUAUAAAAUUAGUUGCUAAAUUAAUAAAAAAUAUCCAAAAAAGUCCGUACGCAACUUGUAUGUUGAUAAGAAUGGCUUGUAAAUUAUUAGACGAGACAAAUAAUGAAAAUACUGAAUUGCUUGAAUUUAUAGAAGCGUGCUUGAGACAUAAAUCAGAAAUGGUUGUUUAUGAAGCCGCUCAUGCUUUGGUUAAUUUAAGCCAGAGCGGAAUUCGUGAAAUUGCACCUGCAAUAAGCGUGCUUCAAUUAUUCUGUGGCUCUCCAAAAGCUGCACUUAGAUUUGCUGCUGUACGUACAUUAAAUAAAGUAGCUAUGACUCAUCCAGCUGCUGUUACAGCUUGUAAUUUAGACCUUGAAAAUUUGAUCACUGAUUCAAAUCGUUCUAUAGCAACUCUGGCGAUUACUACAUUGUUAAAAACAGGAGCUGAAAGUUCUGUGGAUCGUUUGAUGAAGCAAAUAGCAACAUUUGUAUCAGAAAUCUCAGAUGAAUUUAAAGUUGUUGUGGUACAAGCAAUUAGAGCAUUGUGUCAAAAGUUCCCUCGGAAGCAUUCUGUUUUAAUGAACUUUUUAUCAGCAAUGCUGAGAGAUGAAGGUGGGCUGGAAUAUAAGGCGGCUAUUGCUGACACAAUUAUUGCAGUCAUGGAAGGCAAUGCUGAAGCUAAAGAAGCUGGUCUUGCUCACUUGUGUGAAUUUAUUGAAGACUGUGAGCAUACUUCACUUGCUGUUAGAAUUCUGCAUCUUUUGGGGCAAGAAGGACCGACAUCUAAAAAUCCUUCUAGGCACAUUCGUUUUAUUUACAAUCGAGUUAUUCUUGAAAGCGCCAGUGUUAGAGCUGCUGCUGUGGCUGCGCUUGCUCAUUUUGCAGCAGUUUGUCCGGAUUUACUUCCUAAUGUACUUGUUUUAUUAUCACGCUGUCAAUUAGAUUCUGAUGAUGAAGUACGUGAUCGUGCUGCCUAUUACUGUAAAAUUCUUAAAGAACGUGAUGAUUCUUCAUCGUUGUCUACGCUCAUUCAUCCACCGCAAUUGUCUAUUCCAAGUCUAGAACGCGCUUUACAUAAUUAUAUUCAAUCACCUAUGGAUCAACCGUUUGAUAUAAGUCAAAUUCCACCUGGUCAGACUAUUCAAGAAACAAAUCCUGCGGAGAUAAAAUUAAUUACAAGACCGGCUCAGCCGAGGCUGUCACGUGAAGAGCAUUUCACUGAAAAAUUGUCCCAAGUUCCGCAAUUGAUGAUGAUUCUUAAAAAAUCACCGCUGUUUAAAUCAUCAGCUACUUUUGAACUUACUGAGUCUGAAACUGAGUACAAUGUCAAGUGUAUUAAACACUCUUGUGGUGAUUUUCUUAUUCUACAAUUUGAUUGUUUGAAUACGUUGUCUGAUUUAGUUUUGGAGGAUGUUAGUGUUGCUAUAGAACCACCUGAAGGUUAUACUAUUAUUGGGGAAAUUCCUUGCCCGAGAUUAACAUACAAUGAACCGGGUACAACUUACACUAUAUUACAAUAUCCAGAGGAUAUUAAUUCUAGAACAAGAGGAAUAGACAUAAAUGCUGCCUGGGAAGCAGCUCCAACACGUGGAUUUACUUGUAUGGAAGAUACAUUUGCUCUAGGAGCCAAUGUUACCACUUUAGAAUCAGCCGUACAAAGUCUCAUUGGUUUCUUGGCUCUUGAACCCGCAGACCGAACCGAUAAAGUUUCUCCAGGAGCUACAUCUCAUGUAUUAUUCCUCCACGGUUAUUUCCGUGGUGGAAAGGAAAUAUUUUCACGCGCUAGAUUAGCUCUUGCUGAAUCACAAGUUACAAUGCAAUUGUCCGUACGUUCUCAAGAUCCUGAUGUCGCGGCACUUGUUCUUGCAUCUGUUGGUUAA